CUGCUACUGUUUUGGUGGUCUUUUCGGAUUUGCGCAAAGCUUUUUCAGUUUUUCUUCUGUUCCACUAGUAAUCCAGCCACUUCCGCGGUUACCGCCGCAGCUAUGCGAUGCUCCACUACUUCGCCGGCAUCGUCCUCCGCCGGCAGGGCGGCUGCAUCUCUACUAUACUUCAUACUACGCUGCCGUCCAUUCGCCUAGCAGAAACCCGUAAACUAGCUUGCCUUCCCCUUCCUAUUCCACCUGCGACGCCGCCACCACGCGACGACUACUUCGCCGCAAUUCACCAUAUCUCCAACAUCGUCCGGCGAGACUUCUACCUGGAACGCACUCUCAAUCGCCUUCGCUUGCCGCCUCCGACACCCGACAUCGUCCUUCGCGUCCUUCGCGCCACCGCCGGCUCCCACCCCCUUCAAGCCCUUCGCUUCUUUUCCUGGGCCCGCUCCCGCCCCUCCUACUCUCCGUCCUCCCCCGAGUUCGACGCUCUCCUCCUCGGUCUUGGCCGUCACCGCCUCUUCCCCCAUCUCUGGCGCCUCGCCGCCGACAUGCGAUCCCUCUCCCUCCCCCUUUCCUCAUCCACCUUCGCCUCCAUUAUCACCUCCUACGCGGAAGCCUCUCUUCCCGAUCUCGCCGUCGAUAUCUUCAACCGCAUGCGCCGAUUCUCCUGCCCCCAGACCACUGAGGUUUACAACGCCCUCCUCUCCGCUCUUUGCCAAGCUCGCAACUUUCACGGCGCUUAUUCCCUUGUCCGCCGCAUGCACCGCAGAUCCGUCUCCCCUGACCGCAGCACUUUCUCCAUCCUCGUCGACGCAUGGUGCGCCGCCGGCAAGCUCCGCGAGGCACAAGAUUUCCUCGAGGAAAUGGCCCGUCGCGGCUUCUCGCCUCCUGUUCGCGGCCGCGAUCUUCUCAUCGACGGUCUCGUCCGUGCCGGCCACCUCGAGUCUGCAAAACGUAUUGUUCUUCGAUUGACUAAGGAGGGCCUCCUCCCUGAUGUGUCCACAUUCAAUUCCCUCCUCGAAGCUCUCUGUAACGCCGCCGAAAUUGACUUCUGCGUUGAUCUCCUUCAGGAUGCCAACGACCUUGGCCUCUGCCCAGACAUAUCGACUUACAAGGCACUAAUACCGGCGGUGUCAAAGGCUGGGAAGAUCGAGGAGGCUUUCAGGCUUUUAAACUGCGCAAUGGAGGAGGGGCACCGUCCAUUCCCUAGUCUUUACGCCGCUAUUGUGAAGGCCAUGUGCCGCGCCGGGAGGUUUGCCGACGCCUUCGUGUUCUUUGGCGACAUGAAGGAGAGGGGUCAUCCGCCUAACCGUCCUGUAUACACCAUGCUUGUGAAAAUGUGUGUGAGGGGAGGGAGGGUGGUAGAAGCGGCUAAUUUUUUGUUGGAGAUGACUGAGAUGGGGCUGGUACCGAGAUCUCAGAGUUUUGAUAUUGUGGUGGAGGGGUUGAGGCAUUGUGGUAAGCAUGAGCUGGCAAGAAGGAUGGAACAGCUUGAGGUUGAAUUUCUGCGAUCUUAAGUUUCCAUUGGUUGCUUGAUCGGCAGCCAAAGAGAGGCAAAAUUUUUUAUUUCUUAUAUUGGUCUAUGGGUUCAUUGAGUUCAGUAUAUGUGGAUGCUGCUGCUGCUAAUCUCUCUAGAAUAUAUGCCCGUGUUGUGAGGGCCAAUUUGAACUGGUCGAUUUGAAUAAACAAACACCUUGUCAUCCUUGAUCAAACGAAAGUGAACGAGGAGAUGUGAAUGGCGGCCGUAUUAGGAUAGGAUAUUCAAGGCAUUGUGGUUUUAUCUCUUGAUAGAGAUGCCAAACUUGCAGCGAAGGGAGACCGAGCAGAGAGGGAUUGGGGAUUUGUGCGGCUCUUGCGAUUUUGUUCAACAGUAAGGAAGAGGAUUAAGGGAGUGUGGAUUUCAUUCAACCGAAAGGAAGAUGAAGAAUGAGAGGUUUACACGAAUCUAUUUGAUAGAUAGAAAGAGAGAAGAGGCGAGUGAGAAAUUAUUCUGUGCAGAGGCUGGACAGCUCUAUGUCGUGCAACCACAUCAGUGGCACUGAGCAGUACCGAUCGAGUCGCGGUACACAACGAAGGGGUGAUGUGGCGCAUUCUGGUUAGUCUUUGGACGGCAUUCGACAUCUACGCAAAAUAAUUAAUCCAUUGGCGAGGGUGGAGCAAGUUAUUUAUUUUUCCUUAAAUGUAAAUGAAAAUAGUAUUAUAUAUAUAUUAAGUUUGUUAGAAAGGAGUUCAUUCCCUUAUGAUAUUGACUGUUGAUGCAAUAUAUCCGUACAAGUAAAAUGAAAAUUUUUGGAAAAAAAAAAAAGAAA